AAUGACCCGGCCCUCUACUUAUGGAGUUUACGAUGUUAUAUUCUCGGAUAACACUAGAAAAGCUUCAUUUCAGACUCUACAAUAUCUAGUCUUUCUGAGCUAACAAAAGCAACAUGAACUUACUGACACCGGAUUGUGCUCAAGCUUUUGUUUAAGGAACGUUUUUAUAAACCGUAAAAAAAAACAAGAUAUUAUCCUUAGCAGAAAUUAACUAACUUAGCAAUGCUUGAAAUGAUCCGACUAUAGUAUCGAAUUAAAAUAGAGCAAGUAGAAAGAAAGCGCUUGAAAAGUAUGGGGACCUCAAUAGGGCGUGGCUUAGUGGCCAUGAGGUUGUCUCUAAUUGGUCGGAUGAAUCUGUUUUCUGUUUUUGUGCUAAUUUACAUUUUAAUUUAUCUCUCUUUGGCAUGUUUUAAAAAUUGUUUGUAAAAACAAUAUUUAUUUUAAAAAGUGUCCUAUUUAAACUAUUGCUCACAUAAAAGAUGAAGCAACACGCCAACGGUUUUGUCACGUGAUAGUUGUUGUUUUUCUUACUGCUUGUCAGUUCUUAUUGUUAGAUUAAAAAUAACCUGUUGGUGAGAAUUAUGUACCAAAUUAUUAGAAAUUAAUGGACUUGUCUUAGACACAUGUUUUCUAUUUACUAACAUUUGUAAAUUUCUUAAAUUUCUCUGCAGGAUUUUGAUGGCUUGAUAGCGCUUUGCAUUCUGAGCCACCAAGUGCCCCCUACUGGAUAACUGGUGUUCAUAAUGAUGUUUGCCGACUGUUCUUUUAUUUCUUUCUAAUGACGCUUUUGUGUUUCUACUAAAUCAUACCGACAUAAGCGCUUCGUUUCCGCCGUCAUUUUCACCAACAGCACCUCGACAUGAAAUUUCAGCCUGCAAAUUAUUUUGAAAUAUCACUAUGUAUUAAUAUAUUAAAAUCAUCAGGAAUGCGAGCGUAUCAACCAGCUUAAAAAUCAUAUCAGCCGGACACUAAUAAAUGUAACACAAGGAAAUGCUACGUAGUGCGUAAAAUUGAAAUAUCCUUGACCAAAUAGGUAAAUAACGUCUCGUAACAAACUCUCAAAACCUUAUUGUUCUAUAACCAUCCAAGACCAUUUAUUGUGCGAAUUUAACGGCAUAUCUUGCCCGUUAUGGCGUUGUUGACAGGGGUCUAAAGAAUGCGUUGUAGGAGCGUCAUAAUUGUGUUGUCGAGUGUAAGAAGCUGAUUGGCUGUUCUAGUGUGACGGGGGUUCUUGUCCCAGAUCGCAGGGGUUAGACAAUAAGAAUCCAAACAGCAGCAUUUCCAAUAAUAACACAGCAUAGAUGCUAUUUCUAUCUCUCUGUGGUUUCAAGUAGCUGGCGCUGUCACUAAAACAGCUGUUCUAAAUAUAUCAGACGAAUCGAAUAAUUUUUCAUAAUUAUUCAGUCACUUAGACCAAUCAAAUACAUCCCAGAAAAAAGAAAAAAAUAUUUUUUUAGGAAGGAAAUGGUGAUGGAGAAGCCCAGUCCCCUGCUGGUAGGGCGGGAGUUUGUGAGACAGUAUUACACACUGCUAAAUAAAGCACCGGACUUUCUGCACAGAUUUUAUGGACGAAACUCAUCUUACGUCCAUGGCGGACUGGAUUUGAAUGGGAAACUUUCAGAAGCAGUCUAUGGGCAAGCAGAGAUACACAAAAAGGUUAUGUCCUUGCAGUUCAGCGAAUGCCACACUAAAAUCCGGCAUGUGGAUGCCCAUGCCACGCUGAGUGAUGGUGUGGUUGUUCAGGUGAUGGGAGAGCUUUCCAAUAAUGGACAGCCCAUGAGGAAAUUCCUACAGACAUUUGUGCUGGCCCCAGAGGGUUCUGUCGCAAAUAAGUUUUAUGUCCACAACGACAUCUUCCGAUAUGAGGACGAGGUCUUUGGGGACUCUGAGGCUGAACUUGAUGAAGAGUCAGAGGAGGAGACGGAUGAGCCAGAAGACAGACAACCAUCGCCUGAACCCCUCCAGGACAGUCCCAGUAAUGCAAACUGCUAUGAACCCCAUCCUGUGAGCUGUAACAAUGGUGUGGAAGAAGCUCAUGAGGAAGCUGUUAUGGACCUACAGUCUGAAGUUGCUCCAGAUCCCAAGAUCGAGGAGUCGAAGCUCAAGGUAGAAGAGAAGGAUGUAGAGGAGUUUGAGGAGAAAGCCCUGUCUCCUGUUCCACUGGAAUCACCACCCAAUAUACAAGAACCACCAAAAACUUCUUCUUGGGCUUCUGUGACCAGCAAAAAUCUGCCUCUUAGUGGAACUGUUCCAUCUGCUGGAGGUCAACCACAUGUUGUUAAAGCACCUAACACACAGCCCAGAGUUGAGACCAAGCCAGAGAUGUUGUCAGCUUCAAUCCGUCCACGUGACCAGCGAAUCCGUGACAGACCUCCAGUAACCUCAAGAGGACCUAGAUCUGAUGGUGUCCCAUCUUCUGAACCUCAAGCAGGAAAACCACAUUUCAGCUUCGUAAAUAAAGGAAGGGCUGACGAGUCGAGUGAAAUGGACAGCAGGAGGGUGGUCCGCUAUCCAGACAGUCAUCAGCUGUUUGUUGGAAAUCUCCCUCAUGACAUAGAUGAAAGUGAACUCAAAGACUUCUUCAUGACUUUUGGAAAUGUUGUUGAGUUACGAAUCAACACCAAAAGCACUGGAGGAAAGAUUCCCAACUUUGGCUUCGUUGUCUUUGAUGACUCAGAGCCGGUGCAAAGAAUUUUGGGAGUCAAGCCAAUCAUGUUCCGUGGAGAAGUUCGUCUGAAUGUUGAGGAGAAAAAGACGAGAGCGAUGCGUGAGCGGGAAACCAGAAGUGGAGUAGGAGACGAUCGUCGAGACGUCAGGCGCAGUGAUCGCGGGCCGGGUGGGCCGCGGGGCAUCGCUGGAGGAAACAUGAUGCGAGAGCGAGACGGCAGAGGCCCGCCUUCACGUGUUGCCACUGUACCCAAGCCAGGCUUGGCUUCCGGAAGGGGCUCGGGUUCCAAUGAGGGCCGUUUUAAUGCUCAGAGGCGUUGAGAGGAGCUCUCCCUGUAGUUUGGAAGUAGUACGGUCUUCAUUUAUUCUGAUAUUGAGAAGUCUAUGUAAAAAAACAUAUACAUACUUCAGGUUUUUUUUAUUUUAUAUAAUCUUCCUUACUCUUUGUUUUACACUUGCAUUUUUGCCUUUGGAAUGUCUACUGUUUCCGUUGAAGCAGUUCAACAACUUGAACAACCUAAUGACUCAUAACACACUAUUCACUUUAAAUUGGAAUCGUGCUGCAAAUCCUCUGGUUUGUUGAUUAUCAAAUGGAAACAAUUGCAAACUUUGUGGGGAAAGAAGUUGGGUGUUUUUAGUGCCGUACGAAGUUUAACCUCUGCUCUGUGGCAUUUUGUAUUAGAUAACCUUCUAGUUUCUGCAAACUGUGCAGAUGGAGAGAUGGCCUUUUCUUUUCAUCGUAUUGAUUUUGUUUUAUUUUUCAGGCUAGCCUUUAAUCCAUAUUAUUUUAAAUAAUUACACUGAAUAGCUCAUUAAUAAGCUAAAUGCUACCUGAAGUUGUAACUGUGAGCUAACACGAUUUCAGCUUUAUAAAACUGUAAAGAAAGAAAAGAAAUGAUUUAAGUUUGUAAUCUGAAAAAAAAAACGUAAGGGAGGAGAAAAUACACUGUCCUCUCCAAUUCUGUUUCUAUAUAAAUCUUUCUUUUUAUUGUACAGGUUUGGCCUCAUUUAUGUUCGUGUCUGCCUGAAAAAAGUAAAUGGAGCAGUAAUAGGUGCGUUUGUAAAGGUACCAUGAUUUUUGUGCAAAUGCGUUCCAGAUUUGAAUGUUUUUUUUUUUUUCUUAAGGCAGAGUCACUUUAUGAAGUUUAAAUUUUCAAUCUCUUUUUUUAUAUCAGUUUUCAUAGCCUAAAUCUCUUUUUGUGAUGUGCAUUUCAGAUUACAUCCAAGCCAUUGUUGUUUUUUCAUGACAGUAUUCAUACAGGGUACAGAGAAACCUUGCUGGUGUAUUUCUGAUUGUCCCAAAUAGACUAGUUUUGCAUUCAAACUGAAGUUAUUGUUAUCAAUAGCAUUUUAAAAACAGAACUGAUUAGAAACGUAGUUUGAAACACAUGAGAUAGAAGAGGCUUCAUUAAUGAACGUUUUAUACAUUUGUGUUUUCAAGUAGAGUUUUUAUUUUAAUAUCUACACCAAAUGUCCAUCUUUGUCUGGUCAUAAUGAAGAACCCGUAAAUGCCGUUCUUCAUGAAUUGGAGGAACCAUAGGUACAGUAGAGUAGACACUGUUUUCUUUUUGCAGUGUUACUCAAAAGUCUAAAUUUGCACUGAUUUUGUAAGUACAGUUUGAUGUAGCGCUAUUUUUGAUGUUUAAUGUCUUCCGUGUCAGGUAGAUUGCACUAUUUGCAGUAUUUCUAGGACAAUCCUCAUCAGGGACAUUGCAUUUUUGAUUUGUUCAGUAGUUUUGGGGACAACUUGUUCUCCACACUAAGACAUUUUGGUUACAGAUACUUUUACUAUUUGGAAGAAAGUAUAUCAGUAAUUCCUGCCUAGAGACUUCUUUCCCCAUCCAUUCUACCUAGUUCGUACAUGUUUUCAGUUUGGGAACUGGUACGUUUUAAUUACUGUGUAUAUAAAUGCCACAAUGGCCUUUCUGUUUAGACUUAAAGCACUUCAAUCAGCCAAAUACGUUGAGCGUUUGAUUCACAGGGGAGAAAAAAAAGAAGACAUUACACAAUAGGGCUUGGUCAAAUAACUGUGCUUUUCAUCCCAAAAUAUGCAUCAGACUUCUGAUUUAUUUUGUUUAGUUCAUAAUCAGAUUCUUUUAACCCUCUGAUCCUAAUGCAAACUGUUUUGAUUGGUUUCCGUGCAGUUUCUCUAAAAGUUAUUAUAGCGGCUCGGUUCGUUGAUGUGGUUUUAUUUUGGUGGAACAAGAACAUGGACUUGUAUUAGCAGAUGGUUAACAUUAUUUUACUUGGACUGCAUAUUUGUGUGAGUAGAAUACGUUGCAGCUGGGUGUUUAUUUAUUACGUUUUGUAAUUUUUCUUUCGUUUUCAUUCAGUUUCAAUGUGUUAGACUUCACAUACAAUAAACAGAAAUCUGUGCUGUUCA